CAAAUGAUCCCAGACUGAGAGAAAUCGAUUUGAACGGUCAUCCAACUCGGAAUUCCAACUCGGGAACUUGGGCUUCUUUCUAGAGCUUCAACUUUCCUACUUGAAGAGCACCUACUUCAUGAUUUGACGUCGUAUUUUUUCGAGUUCACUUUUCUUUUUCUUUUUCGUUUUGCAAUAGAAGCGCUCAGCAUUUUGCGUGCAGACAGGUGGGGAAUUUUACCGGGAACUGCUCUUUCCCCUAUUUCCUCUGGGGGCGCGAUUGAGGACAAUAACGUCGACUAAUCCGAGAUUACACCAGCCAAGCAGACACGGACCCCCGGUGGCACGAGGAAGGGAGUCUCGAACCUGGUUGACGCCAUCAUAUUUGCGCGUUGCUUGCGUUGCUAUACAAAUUAAAUAAAGUGGUUUCCCCAAGGGUACUUUUGGAAAUGUGAUGGUUCUAUGUGGAACCACAAUGAUUUAAAGAACCCUUCGAGCUCUUCAAUGGUUCAUUACGGUUCACAAAAGGGGUCUUUGCUCUUUUAGGGAAAAUUAGAACAUAGUGAAACGGCUCAUCAGAAUAUGUUGGGUCAUGGUAUGCGCAUAGUUAUUUUUGUGCAACCGUGAGUGAGAGUGUCAUUCCAGUUUUGUAAUCUGUUAUGUUGUGGCAUUAUAUGUAACUAUGGCCGGUAACGGUGUUUUUUGUAUUAAUUGAGAACGUUGUCGCAAUUGUUCUCAGGGAUCCGCAGUUGUUCCAGAGGUAGUUCACUUCAUAUUCACCUUGUCAAUUAACACAAUAAUAACACAUAAGGAAUGUUAGCAAUACGAUAUGGCUGACAAGAAUACAAAAUAAAAAACGUCGGUUCUUCAAAAUGAUCUAGAAAGAAUAGUUCAGACUCUACAAAGUGAAAUAAAGAACCGUAAUAAAGGCCCCAAAAAGAGUUGCAACCAUAGUGGAACCCUUUUUUUGGUGCUAUAUAGAAAACAUUUGAAUGGGUCUUUAUAGCACCGUGCAUGUUCCGUGUAGAAUAUUGAAAGAAUGGUUCUAUAUUGCACCAAAAGGUUUCUGCUACGGUUACAAGCCAAAUAACCCCUAUCUGGCAGUAUACAGAUCCAUUGUUUUGUGUGUAUAUAUAUAUAUAUCUGCAGGCACCUCCUUCUCCUUUUGGAACAGCCUGUGUGUAGUCACUCGCACUUAUAUCCAAGAGUGCGCGAGGCAGGAGGCGGACUGAGGGCGUGAACGAAAGAGGAAGGGAGAACGGGAAAGCCACCAGAGCGCGGGACAGCACAGACAGCGAAAGCCCUGUCAAUUGAAUUGAAAGAGAGAGGCCUGUCCAUCCAGAUUUCUCCAUCUCUAACCCACUCCUCAAUCUCACUUUCUCGCGACUUUCGGGUCUGUCCGAUUGGUCAUCGAGGGUUUAUUCUCGUUAACGUGAUCCAUACCUGCCCCGAGUUUUUUUUCCAGCUCCGAACCAUUCCGCCAUUCACCAGUGAUGUCCAAGAAACGACCGACCGAAACGGGGCUUCGGGUGUUACACCAGCAGGCUGUGGCUUCACCGGGCAACAUGGCUUGCCUUGCUCGUUUCUCACCGGAUCGUGCUGAAAUAGAAUGCAGCUAAUUUGGGUUAAACACAGAGUGAAGAGAUGUCGGUACCGUUGUUGAAGAUCGGUGUGGUGCUGAGCACCAUGGCGAUGAUCACUAACUGGAUGUCGCAGACGCUGCCCUCGCUGGUGGGGCUCAACACCACCAAGAUCACCGCGGAGAGGGCAGGCUACCCGGACAGGAGCACCGGAGUGUUGCCAGCGAACCCAGAGGAGUCGUGGCAGGUGUACAGUUCAGCCCAGGACAGUGAGGGGAGGUGUGUGUGCACCGUGGUGGCACCGCAGCAGUCCAUGUGUUCACGAGAUGCCCGCACCAAACAGUUGAGGCAACUGCUCGAGAAGGUCCAGAACAUGACCCAGUCCAUCCAGGUGCUGGACCAGCGGACACAGAGAGACCUGCAGUACGUGGAGAAGAUGGAGGUGCAGCUGAGAGGUCUGGAGACCAAGUUCAGACAGGUGGAGGAGAACCACAAGCAGAACACUGCCAAGCAAUACAAGGCCAUAAAAGCGAAAAUGGAGGAGCUUAGGCCGUUGAUACCAGUGUUGGAGGAGUACAAGGCCGAUGCCAAAUUGGUAUUGCAGUUUAAGGAAGAGGUCCAGAACCUGACGUCAGUUCUAAGCGAGCUCCAGGAGGAGAUGGGAGCCUAUGACUACGAGGAACUCCACACCAGAGUGUCAAAUCUUGAGGAGAGACUCCGAGCAUGCAUGCAAAAAUUAGCAUGUGGGAAGUUGACGGGCAUCAGCGAUCCUGUCACCAUCAAGACGUCUGGAUCCAGGUUCGGAUCCUGGAUGACUGACCCUGCAGCACCGGAGGGAGAUACACGGGUGUGGUACAUGGAUGGUUACCACAACAACCGCUUUGUGCGGGAGUACAAGUCCAUGGCGGACUUCAUGACGACGGAUAACUUCACGUCUCACCGCCUCCCCCACCCAUGGUCCGGUACAGGUCAGGUGGUCUACAACGGCUCCAUCUACUUCAACAAGUUCCAGAGCCACGUCAUCAUCAAGUUCGACUUCAAAACCUCCACCAUCAGCAAGUCCCGGCAGCUGGACAACGCCGGCUACAACAACAUGUAUCACUACGCCUGGGGCGGCCACUCCGACAUCGACCUCAUGGUGGACGAGGGCGGGCUGUGGGCCGUCUACGCCACCAAUCAGAACGCAGGGAACAUCGUGAUCAGCAAGCUGAAUCCUAGCACGCUGCAGAUCAUCAAGAGCUGGACCACCAACCACCCCAAGAGGAGCGCCGGCGAAGCCUUCAUGAUCUGCGGUACUCUCUAUGUUACCAACGGUUACUCUGGAGGGACCAAGGUGUACUACGCUUACAGCACUAACUCCUCCACGUACGAGUACAUAGACAUCGCCUUCCAGAACAAGUACUCCCACAUCUCCAUGCUUGACUACAACCCUCGGGACCGUGCGCUCUACGCCUGGAACAACGGACACCAGGUUCUGUACAACGUCACACUGUUCCACGUCAUCAGCUCACAGGAACUGUAACCACAGAGGCAGGACUAUAUACAAUAUAAUAUAUACACACAAUAGAAAGAGAGAGAUCAUUCUAUAUAUGAACAUAUAUCUAUGGGAGACUUUAUGGAAAGAGUAUCAUAUAUAGUAUAUUGUAAAACUGUACUACGAGAGAUUAGAUUAAAUGUGACUGGAACUGCAACGUAGAUGAAUGUGCACUAUCUAUUGGAAUUAAAAAGAUAACUGUUUGCUAAGAAGGAAAGAAACAUGAUACAUCUAGAGAUCAAAAAUGAUAUAUUGGACUGAAAAGAACAGAUGCCAAAUAAACAUCACGCCUUUUUUAAUCAUGAAUAGUAACUAUCGUAGAAGAUUGUCUUGGUGGCUCUGUGUCUGUCUCUGGAUGGACUGUACCUCCUUCCUCCUUCCUGGACUUAUCUCAGGGUCAGGGAGGUCCUAGCAAUGGACUAUGGGAUUGGUUAUUAACUGUUUGCCAACCAGGACCCCCUGGCCCCUCAGACAGAGAGGGAAUACCUCGCCCCUCGAACAGAUAAGGGGAAAACAGAGGAGGACCUGGUCAAACGGUUAGAACUAGGACAUUAUUUGGAGAACUGUGGGAAGAUAUUAUGUCCAGAUGACCACUGAGCCUAUGACCACAGUCUGUCACACACACUUUUAUCAAUUCAGUAGCAAAUAAACAAGUAAACAGCAACAACAUCAACAUCCAUGAGAAGACCUGGGCCUGUAUUCACCAAGAGUCUCAGAGUAGGAGUGCUGAUCUAGGAUCAGGUCCCCUCUCUUAUGCAUUAUGUUUGAAGGGCAAAUCUGAUCCGAAAUCAGCACUCACUUUUUGAAUACAGUCCCUGAAAGCACUGACUGUUGGGGCGAACUGUUGUAUUGUACAAGAAGAAGGCCGGGAUUCAAUCAGAGCCACGUAGUAACGCACUUGACAUUUAAAGGUAAAUUGAUUGAGCCGACAUCUACAGCGUUUCCAUAGACGCAACCUCCGCGAACCGAAUUGUCGACUGCGCUAAGACGCGCCUAUUGGAUGGAAUCCCUGGUUGAAGACUUUCCUGUGUUUGUGUGAAACAGCCUUGAUUUGCAUGAGUGUUUUUUUUACCAUUCUCGUCUGCUACCUUCUGAACGUCGUUGUGCUGUAUUAUGCUGUACCUAUUGAAGAAGGGGAUGGGGUAAAGGGUUAGUGUAGGUACCUUUGGGAUUUCAGGGGAGGGGAGUUACAAAGCUAUUUGCUUUUUCACUUGUUUGUUUAUAGAAUGUUUUUUUUCUUCCAAUCAGAUCUUUCUUUUUUGGGGGGGGGGGUAAUGUUCUUGUAUCACCCCCUAACUGUUGGCACCGGCUUUGCUUCUCUGUCUGUGUUUAGUUGGGACAUGCGUGGGAGAAUCCUAGCUCAUAUCCAGUUUAUAUAUUUCAGAAGAUUAGAAAAAUUAUAGAAUGUAUCACGUAAUAUAUCCAGGAGACCUGGGCUCAGUCCUAUGGCUUCAACCUAACCAUCAUCAGCCUACUGUUUGAAGUAUCCCUCUUAGUCGAGGGUAAUGAUGUUAAAUGUAUAUCUCCCCUCCCACCCACCAACAAAAGAAUAAUGCUGUUUAAAUGUAAAUCCCAUCGCAGAGGACAAUGGCUUUUCACUCUGUUUGCGCUUUUGCUGGACGUGUGUUGUACCUGAGAUGAGAUAGUUAAUGGUUUGUGUCAAUAAACAGAGAAUCUUUGUUCCGAGCUGAUGCCUCA